CUGACUUCGGCAGUGCAUUGUUAUGAUGAACGAAGAAUGGCGGACACUGUCAUUGUUAGAUAUCUGUUCAUAUUUUUACUGAUAAAUGCUUGUUGUGCAGGUCUACCAGGGUUGGACACAUCGGACCAAGACAGCCCGAAUGCCAGCACACAGCCGUCAGACAACCAGCUCGAUAAUGACCUGCUCACGAUCGAUAAGAUGAUGGUACACCAUCCCAGAUAUAAAUGCUACCAAUGCGAUCCGCCCGACUGCGACGAGCAGCCGUCAUACUGCUACGACGCGCUGUCAUGCUACAAGUCCAGCGUGCGCGCCUCGGACGGCACACUACGGCAGUCCCGUGGUUGCUCUACCAGGAGAGACCACUACCAGCUCACUUGCCGGGUGAACCAGCAACCAGGCUUAAGGAAGCGCCACGCCGGGCACCUGAACAUAACCUGUUGCAAAGGGGACCUGUGCAACGCGGGCGGGUUUCCCUCUCUCUUCGAGUCAGCAGACGUGGAGAAAGUGUCAAUGCCGGCAUGGAGGCUCGCGGCCGCUCUGUGUGCCUGCCUGCUGGCGCUGUGUGCGCUCGCCGCCGCCGCACUGGCGCUGCUGAGACGCAGCCACAGGUUGCGCGUGUCCAGAGCGGCGCUACACAAGUUGGGUGCUGAUUCCAACUACUUCUCGUCAAACAUCUACAGCCCGCAUGUUACCAGCGCCUAUUAUGAAGGUAUAGAGGGCAGCCAGAACGGCGGCGGGCUGAAGGCGGUGGCGGCGGGCGACUCGACGCUGCGCGAGUACCUGGAGUGCUCCGUGAGCUCGGGCUCCGGCUCCGGCCUGCCGCUCAUGGUGCAGCGCACGCUCGCCAAGCAGGUGUCGCUGCUGGAGUGCGUCGGGAAGGGCCGCUACGGGUCGGUAUGGCGCGGCGUGUGGUACGCGGACAGCGUGGCCGUCAAGAUCUUCUUCUCCCGCGACGAGGCGUCGUGGCGGCGGGAGACGGAGAUCUUCUCCACCGUGCUGCUGCGGCACGAGAACAUCGUCGGCUACAUCGGCUCCGACAUGACGAGCAGAGGGUCUUGCACGCAGCUAUGGCUGAUAACCCACUUCCACCCGCUGGGCUCGCUGUACGAGCACCUGAGCCGCACCACGCUGACGCGCCACCAGAUGAUGACCAUCUGCCUCUCCAUCGUCAACGGGCUGCUGCAUCUGCACACAGAGAUACACGGCACACAGGGUAAGCCAGCCAUAGCGCACCGCGACAUCAAGUCCAAGAACAUCCUGGUGAAGGCCAACGGCGAGUGCUGCAUCGCCGACUUCGGGCUCGCCGUGACGCGGCGCCACGCCGCCCAGCUGCGGCCGCAGCAGCCGCCGCAGGGGACCAAGCGGUACAUGAGCCCCGAGCUGCUGGAUCACAGUAUAAACAUCCAAUGCCUGGAGGCGUUCCGCAAGUGCGACAUCUACGCGCUGGGGCUGGUGCUGUGGGAGGUGUGCCGCCGCACGGGCCCGCAGGCGCGGGACUGGCGGCCGCCCUACCACGACCUGGUGCCCGCCGACCCCAGCUUCGACGAGAUGAGGAAGAUCGUCUGCGUCGACGGCGCCCGCCCCGACCCGCCCAGCGACACACAUCCCACCAUGGUGGGUAUGGCCAAGCUGAUGUGUGAGUGCUGGCACGGGAACGCCUCGGUGCGCCUCCCCGCGCUGCGCAUCAAGAAGACGCUGCUGAAGCUGGCACAUCAGGAUAACGCCAUACAGCUCAAUGAAGACAACGAGGUCUCCGUAUAGUCACAAUGCUGGUAAGCAUUUUCAUGGCCAUGAAAAUGUGAAUGUAUGCUUUUAUGUAAAAGUCUAUAGAAAAUCAAUUAAGAAGCUAAAUGUCGUCGGACUUACACUGAAAACUACGUAAACGCCAUUUUGAACACAAUCUGAUGUGAUUAUCUUUAACAAAACAUCGAUUUCUUUCAAUUGGGUCGUGUACUAGGCUCAAGAUAAAUUAUGCAAUUCUGAUUACUAAAUAAAGACAGAUCUAAAACUAACGAAAAACAUUUUCUUUUUUCUAUUUAACUUAUUUAUGAAUUUUAAUCAAGUGUAACGUAAUAAUAAGUACGACAUUUUAUCAUGUUUUCUAUGACGUCACAUUGUGCUAUUUCCUACAAAUUCCAUAGUAAUUUCGUAUUUUGACGUUCAGUAAAAAGUAACUGAUUUGACUAGUUGGAAUCUAGCCUAUUAAUUUCAAUCCGAGUAACAAUUGAGACUACAAUUUGUUACUUCGAUUGAAACUAGCGUGUCUACAGAUUUUUGUUAACAGAUUUUUUAAAAUGGCGCUUACGAAGUUUUCAAUAUAAGCGACGUUAUGCAGUGUGUCUACUGUAAAUUGGCAGAACACUGUUCCCACCGCCAUCUUGGUAAUAGGACGCCAUUUUGAUAAAAAUGCCAUGGCAUAAGAAAACCAGGUAUGCUCAAACAGCAUUGAUGACGUAAGUGUUACCAUUCAAUUGGUAUCUCCAACAUUUCAA